GUGCCCCCCUCCCCCCACUACACCUUCCAGCGUUACCCAGGCAUCUUCAACUCCUCCACAGCCGACAGUUUCCUCCAGUCAAAGGUCAGCAACAUCUUCUCUGGUCGUCUCACGGCGUUGGAACUCUUCGACAUCCUCGACCACUACGCCCAGAACUGCGACGCCGUUGUGGGAAACAAAGAGGUCAUGACCCAACUCAAGGAUGCCAAAUUUGACCUUUUAUUGGUCGACCCCAACGAGAUGUGUGGGUUCGUGAUCGCUCACAUCCUCGGGGUUCCCUACGCUGUCUUCUCCACGGGCCUAUGGUACCCAGCGGAGGUCGGGGCUCCUGCCCCUCUCUCGUACGUCCCAGAGUUCAACUCUCUCCUCACCGAUCAGAUGUCUCUAGUCCAGAGGAUUACCAACACGGCGGUGUACCUGGUAUCCCGUUUCGGUGUUCAGUACCUGGUGUUACCUAAGUACGAGCGCAUCAUGAGGAAGCACGGCGUGGAGCCGCGGGUGGCCAUGCAGGAUCUGGUUCAGGGGAGCAGGCUGUGGAUGUUGUCUACUGAUCUGGCCCUGGAGUUUCCGAGGCCCACUCUACCACAUGUUGUCUAUGUAGGGGGGGUACUGACCAAACCUGCCAGCCCGUUACCUCAG